AUGGCGGACACAUUCGAAGAGAAGCUGGCCGAACUAGUCCGCAAUUAUGAUCAUAUAUAUGAUGUAUCUCUGCCACUACAUAGCGACAAGCACGCUUGCCAGAACACCUGGCGGGAGAUCGGCGCAGUUUUGGGGGUGGACAUGAAGAUAUGCAGGAGCAAAUGGAAGCUGCUCCGUGAUCGCUAUGUCAGAGCACGGAGGAAGAUGCAGGAGAAACGCAGCGGUGAUGGAGCGGAGGGAUCGAUUUGUCCGCCGAUCAUCCGUCGUCUGAGCUGGCUACAGAAGUUCGUUAACCAUCGGGCAACGGACACCAACUUUUGUCCAGACAAAAUCCUUGCUGAGGAUGACGACGUCUCCACACCCGGCCUCAUCAGUGCUGGUGAGGCCGCUGCUUCACCAGCACCUCUCCACUGUCUCUCCACUGAUGAGCCAUUGCCAUCAGCACCAUCACCAUCAUCAGCAUCAACAUCAGCAUCAUGCACGCCUGCUACUCCGUUGGGUCCAAGGCGGAAAAGGAAGCGGGGCCAGGACCAGGACAACUUGGAUGCAGCCCUGCUCCACCAUCUCCAGGGCUACAGGCAGGAGAAGGAGAAGAGGCCAGAGAGGCGUCCUGUGGGGAGGAGGUUGGUAUCUCCUGCCACCUGCUCCCUCCAUUCACCCUGGCCAUUUGUGGAAUCCACAAAGGUGCUGGGGAUGUACCUGGCCUGUUCAGACCGGUCCAGACCACAGAGAUAA